AUGUGGCCUUGUGGGCUCAGGAGGAGGGACACAGCUGCAGCAGUGCAGCAGUUUAGGAGGGAGCCACGGCUGCAGCACUGGGCCCAGGAGGGGACAUUAACUAUUCCAAGGAAUAAAGGCGAGUUAUUAUUUGCUUCCGUUAGUUUCUCUGUCCCAAGUCCUUCCGACCUGUUCAUGCCCUCCAGCAAGGUUUUCUACUUUCGCCGCCUCCUCUCGCGGAAGAGGGGAGGCUAUUACUCCUUGUUCCAAUUCUUGCUCGUCUAUGUUCUGCUCCAGGGACAUGCCAGCCAUUCUCUGAACCAUACAUGCCACCCCACUGACCUGGAGGCACUUCUUGCUUUUUCCAAUGGCUGGGACAGGAAGGGUGCCAAGCUCAUCGGAUGGCAUCCCAACGACACUGCAUGCUGUUUCUGGACCGGCAUCUUCUCUGAUCUUGGGAGGGUUGUCGGGUUGGAUCUCUUCAACAAGAGCCUCCAUGGUGGCAUCUCCUCCUUGAUUACCUCCCUCGAUGGCCUCGUGACAUUAAACCUCUCCUGCAACUCGCUCCAUGUCCAGCCACCGGAGGGGCUUGCCCGGCUAGCGAGGCUGCAGGUGCUCGACCUCAGCGUGAACAUGUUCUCCGGGCCGUUCCCUGUGAGGGAAGAUGGCUUUCUAGCUAUUGAGGUGGUGAACAUCUCCUUCAACAAAUUCACUGGACCACACCCUACGUUCCCUGGCGCGAUGAACCUGGCAGUUCUUGAUAUCUCCAGUAAUUGCUUCUCUGGUGGCUUCAACACCAGGGCCCUCUGUGUUGCGCCGGUCAAGGCCCUGCGAUUUUCCGGGAAUGAGUUCAACGGUGAGGUCCUCACCGGCUUUGGCAGAUGCAGGAUGCUCACGGAGCUCUUUAUUGAUGGCAGUGGCAUAACUGGGAGUAUCCUUGGCGACCUGUACACAUUAUCAGAGUUGAGGAGGCUAAGCUUACGGGAAAAUCAGCUCUCUGGUAGCCUCAGCGAGUACCUGGGUAACUUCUCUCAGCUUAUUCAUAUCGACCUGUCAUAUAACAUGUUCACUGGCGUCAUCCCUUAUGUGUUUGGGGGUUUGAGGAGGCUGGAGUUCUUAAACUUGGCCUCAAAUUCGUUCAGUGGCACAUUGUCUGCCUCCCUAUUGAGCUGCCCUAUGCUGAGGGUUAUCAAUCUAAGGAACAACUCGCUGUCGGGUGAAAUUGCCCUAGACUUCAACUUACUUCCAAGGCUGAAUGUUCUGGAUGCAGGGAGUAACAUGCUGAGUGGUGCUAUACCUCCCAGUCUCAUGUGGUGCACCGAGUUGAAGACGCUGAACUUUGGAAGGAACAAGCUCGAGGGGGAGAUACCAGAGAGCUUUAAGCAUUUGCUAUCCCUGUCACACCUCUCGCUUGCUCAAAAUGGCUUCACCAAGCUGCACUACUCGAAUUCUAGGCUACGCCGGGUGUAA